AUCUUAUUUUAGUCACUCGUCUUCCUCCUCUUCUUUUUUCUCCUCUCUUUUCCCUCCUUUUUUUUUCUUCCUUUUUUGCUCCGCCAAUAGGGGGGGGGGGCCCGCCCCCCCCCCCUGGAUCCGCCUAUGCUCCAGGAGAGCGAUAAGUCCGGAUUUGUCAGGUCACAUCGGUCCUGUUAGCUUACAAAAGGAUCCUUGAAUAGAGGGUUAAGAUAAACCAAAUCUAUUUAGAAUUAGCAAAUGAUGAAUGGAUACUCAUGCAUGAAAGCUGUGCUUGACAUCCCUUCUGCUGAACCGAGCGCUUAGAGACAUGCAAUUUUGCAUGACUGUGUGCGCUAUAUAAAAACGUUUCAUUAUUAUGUGUUUAUGAUGUUAUCUCGAAUCCCCGUUACUAGUUCAGUGGACAUAGUUGGUUUGAGCACCACAAAGUUGGAUUAAAGCUCAGGAAAGCUUGAUCGUCGUCAGCCGACCAGCAUUUAUGAGCCUGAUAUGAUCUUGGGAACAUUGCUGGAUCCCUUCAUCAACCAGUGGUCAUUUUGAGAUAAUUUGAGAUCCAAUUAUUGAUAAAUGAUCAUCUUCUACAAAUCUAAUUCACCUUGAAAAUUAAAUGAAAAUAUGGCAGUCUCUUGUGUGGAAUUGUGUUUUCAUCAAGCACGUUGCCUUCGGCAGUGUGAUAAUUUAUAGACUCGUACACCAAUAUCACGUUGCUCUGGAUAAAGAGCAAGUUAAUCAGAUCUGAUGGCGGGUGGUUCUUAUCGCAUAGACAUGAAGAGAGAUGAUCCUAGAACUCUCAUGAUCAAAAUGGAUGCCAGGUUGACAUUUGCAGGACAAGCGAGAAAUCAUGCAUUCCGUUUAGAAGCCGAGCGUGAGCUUCGUCAUCUUGACUAUGCACGUCAUCUGACUCGAUCAACACUUGAGAGACAACAGAAAGAAAUGCACAAACGGAUGGACUUCCUGAAGAAUCUUGUCGAGCAAAAUCGAGCCAGGCGAAAAUCUAUGGAGGAGGAGGAGGAUGGUGAUAAUGGUGGGAACGGUAGGGAGUCGGUAGCUGAGAGGAGAAAGAGGAAAGAGGAUGGUUUGCGACAUACAUUGCCGAUUAUUCCCGCUAGGAGAAAUCUCGAAGACUUAGUCAAGUCACUGCAAACAAAACAGAAUAGCAAUUCAAACUUAAGUAAAUCCCUCGGGUAUCUAAACGAAUCCCAUUCACGACACAGUACGCAAGAAACAUUAAGUGAAAAGAGAUUAAGACAUUUGAAACAAGAAAUUAGAAAUUCCAAAAAGAAGGAGAUCCCUAAAGUUCAGGUAACUCUAGACGCAGAUCGUCCUACAGAAUCGCCAAAGAUCGUCUGGGCUAAUGCAGAAGGUGUAGCAAGUGUCAAUGAGAAGAACAAAACCAACGGUGGGGUAUCAACCCAGACAAUAUCAUUACCCGACAUUUCACCAGGUAACAACAGGACUCCUAGCAAACACACUUCCGGAGGAAGAAGGGUUUCUUUAAGUCAGAUGAUUGCAACCGGUGAAAUCCAGAAACUCCCUGGUAUCGGUCCUGGUACUGCUGGCUUAACAUCUGAAGGUGUCCAACAAAAUAUCAAUUUGGCAAGAACAUUCUACAUGAACACUAGUCACACCUCUGGUCGCGGUCCAAUCCUGCAACCAAUACAAAAUCAGCAACAGAAGACAAACCGCAAUAAACGUGGUUGGGUGAAGUUACCUCCGAACAUGGAUCCUCUUAAGUUCAAGGAGGAGGACAUGGAGAAAAAUCCUUUCAUCACUGAUGAUUUUAAACCCGAGACCUACCGAUCUCGCGAGUUGAUGGACUCCAAUAAACCGGAAGAAAUGUACGUGUGGCUUGGAUUUGAUUCCGAGGAAGAAUAUCGUCAAAUGGUGAAAGAAGCUAAAGAGGAGCUUGAUGCGGAGAGCGAGGACGGUGGUGAUGAUCUUGUCGAACUGGAAGUCAUUGACGAGGUCGAAGAACCUACCGACGACUCAAUCGAAAAAGCGGGUGCUGAGUAUCUGAGGAAAAGGAGGACAAGUAGGCGAGUAUCGCGUCUCAGUGCUCCUGUUGCUAUGUUAGCAUCUACUCUAAGUAGAGUGAGUUUAAAUAGGAAAAAUUCGAAUUCGGACAAGAGUAAACCAAGCAGUGCACUCAAGAGAUUCAUUAAAGCUGCUAAGACAAUAUGUAUCGUCAGACAAUUCCAAAUGAAUAAUGACGAAAGCCAAGCAAGAUGAUCAAAUCUUGCUUUCAGUAUGACUUUAAUAUUUUACUUACUUUAAGUACGAUUUUAGUAGGUAAAGUACCUAGAAAUUUUAUAAGUAUUUGUCAGAAAUGAAUUGUACAAAUUAUGUUUAAAAUAUCUAAAUGAGACUGGAUGUAAAUGACAAAUUCAAUUAUAUUCGAAUUGAUUAUAUUAUUAGUAGUAGACAAUGCCUCUAUCUGAAGAAGGAUUGCAAAUAUAAAACUCAUUAUUGUUUUAUUUUAUAUGAGCACUAAACUUUUGAAGGUCCAAAAUCAUAUUUCAUCGGAUGAAAGUUCAAUUUAAUCAACUCCUUUCAAUAAAAACAUAAAUGUGGGUAUUCCACCGUGAUCAGCCAUUUGUUCACAAGCUACAAUUUAUAGCCUAAUCUAAACCAGGAGCUUAAAAAACCCAAAAUAAUUGUAUACCUUUUAUUUAUUCCGAACCUCAAAUAAUCUAACCUCAAACAAGAAUAUUUUUAUAUUUCCAAAAUUUAGAGAUAUGGUCAUCUUAAAUUUGGUGUCACACUUCUCGUUUUAUAAAUCAAAUAUUUAUUAUAAUGACGUAUUCAUUGUCGAUGAAUCAACUUAAUUUCGUAUGAUAGAUUAGAAAUCAGAAUUUUUGACGAAAACUUUAGUUUCUAAGUUUAUCUUCAGAUACAUGAACAAUAGCAAAUGAUUGGUAUAUUGAAUUAUAAUUCUAUACUCAAUACUAUAUUGAAAUGUGUUAAAGUCAUUGAUUCAAAUGAAUUAAUCUGCACAUCUAUUAUGCCAAGUAAAUGUAGUUUUAUUUACGUGUGUCUGUAUAUGUGACUUUUGAAGUCUAAAACAUUCAGGCUAUACACAAAAAAUGAUAUGUUCGCAAACCAUAUCUUAUUCCACGGCUCUCCAGAUUGAACAGGGAAUCAGAGUUACGAGAGACAAUUUCAAAACCGCCAUUAUAUUAGAACAUCAAAUGCAAAAAAUCAAUACGUAAGAAAGGAUUCUCUAUAGAAAUGAAACCUUGUAAAAAAUUUGUAGUGAUUAUUCUAUUGGGGACGGGUAGUCACUUAGGAUAAGUUCUAAAGUUGAAAAGUUGCAAGGGUCAAGCAAGAACUUUUAUUAUGCAGACAUCAAAAAUCAUUAAAGAAAAUCUAUUAUAACGGCGAAAGUAUAUUGAGUUACACAUUAUUUGUGUGCUCACCAGGUAAACUAGUUAAUGACUUAUUACUAAAAACUUUUGAAGCUUCAUAACUAUGACCUAAACCCACAAUGCUCCUCCAUGAAAAGUGAACUAGUCGAGUAGAGCAUUUUAAAGAAAAUUGAAUUGAUAUAGUGGUUUGAAUCAUGAAUCACGAUUAUUAUAUUUCUAGUUUAGAAUCGAGAAACAGCUGUAUAAAAAGUGGAUUAUAAAUCUAAUGAAUGGGAAAAUUGAGAAUGAAGAUUCCAAAGUUGCAAUACUAUUUAAUAUUACCCAAUCUGUGAAUAUCCUCUAGAGUAAUAAAUGUCUUUCUGAAUUGAGAAAAAUGCACCGAAGUCGCUGAAUAGAGCUUGUCUUAAUCUUUUUUAAGUUCGACUUAUUUAGUAUAGUACUCUCAAAGACUCGAGGAAUAAAGCUAUAAAAAAAAAUAUGUGAUUCUUGAA